AGUUUUGAAAUUGUUUUGAUGAUAAUUGGGGGCCGAAACCCCGUCCUUGUCAUUCCAUUUGCGCGGGGACCCGAUAUAAGUAACCCGGGUCGACCCGAACCCGUAUAUCACUUACUUCGCCCAGAAUUAUUUUUCCAAUUUUAGAAAAUAGCAACCCCACUUACUUUACGCUCAAUUUCAAUUCUCCAGCAAAGAUAACACUCAUUUUUGCUCCGCCCAGAUUCACGCGCCGCCGCGAUGACAGAUUCCGCAGCCGCCGACCAACAUCCAGAACCGCCCCCACAACCAUCCACACCCGCCGCCUCCACUUUCCAGCUCCACCCCCGUCGAGAGCCCUUCGAGCACGGCCUUCUCCCCAUCCCCAAACUCAUUUUCAACGACGGCGUACAGACCCUUUCCGGUCUCAAAUCCACUCUCCUCGCAUCGAAUUCCAAUCACCGAGUCAGCUCGGAAAAUCUAGCCGGAGUUCUUCAAAUCCCCAUCGAACAUUCCCGCCUUGUGAUCGAAACCCUAUCCUCGGUUUUGUAUGACGAUUCCGAUCCUUUGGUGACGGCGAGUACUUCGGAAGAAGUAGAUGAAAUUGGGGUUAAUGUGUUCGAUUUGCUUGUGUUUUUGUGUAUACAGAGUUACAAGAGGUUGUUGCCAAAAGGACAUAAGGAUUCUGCUGCUGUGGCCGAUGUUUGGCCGUCUACUUCCGCUUUUGAUGGGUUUUUAUCUGUGCUGUCGCCUUUACAGUUAGUGCGAAGCAACAGUCGUAGGUUUAUGCCGUCUCAAGCUGACGAAGAGGCUCAUCAGCUAUCGUAUCUUCAGAAACACAUAGGCAAUAUUGUAUCUCUCUUGGCAGACAUUGCAGAAGGGGAAGGUGAUGAAUCUAUGGUUUUAUCCAUGGACAAAUUCGAACAUCUUGGAUUACUGAUUUAUUUUGGGGAAAGGGGAUCUCCGAGGAUUCCCUUGAGCCAGAAUACUCCGUUUUUCGCAAAUUCGGAUCCCGACAUGCCCGCUGCUCCAGUUCCUGCAUCACAAGUUCUCGAUUGGCUUCUCCAAAAUAUAUCUUCUACAUUGGAAAAUAUAGCUGAUAGAGUUUCUCUAAAGGAAAACGGGCCAAGUAAUUCUUCUGAUCAGGAUAUCACAAUGGCUGAUGUUGGCACAAGUUCUGCCAAGUCCUCAACCAGUCCCAGAGGUCCAAGUUUGAUCGAGGGAAUCUCCAAAUCUUCAUACGUAAAGCAAGCGUCUGAUCUUAAGGGCACAUCUGUAAAGGUUGUAAACUGCAAUGAGUCGGUGAUUUACAUCUUGGCACCACUUAGAUAUGCAACAGUCUAUGGAUGCUCUGAUGCGACUAUUGUCCUUGGAGCUGUUGGCAAGGCUGUUAGAAUUGAACAUUGUGAACGUGUUCAUCUGAUCACUGCAGCCAAACGUAUCUGCAUUGCCAACUGCCGCGAAUGCGUAUUCUUCUUGGGGGUUAACCAGAAACCCCUCAUUGUUGGUGAUAAUCAUAAAUUACAGGUGGCUCCUUUUAACACAUUCUACUCGCAACUGGAGGAGCACAUGAACCAAGUUAACAUUAACCCUAAUAUCAACAAGUGGGAUGAAUCUGUAGCACUAGGAGUGCUCGAUCCACAUGAUUCAUUGUCCCAUUCUGCUGGGGUCUCGGAUGUUCAAGCCGAAUCAGCCACGCGUCUGGAUCCAGAUCAUUAUACCAAUUUUGUGAUUCCUAAUUGGUCGGAAAGUGAGCAGGCUGGUUCCACGAAAGAUAACCCCUUCACUUUACCUGAUCCUUACCUUGCAUCGCAACAGAAAAAUCACAAAAACUUGGAAGAAGUUAAGCAAAUUCUGAGGGAAACUCAACUUGAAGAGAGCAGGAAACGAGAAUUAUCGGGUGCUCUUCAUGCGUGUUUUAAGGACUGGUUAUACGCAUCAGGAAAUGUACGGCAGCUUUAUUGCUUACACGAAUAAGUGCAUAUGCUGUACGCGGAACAGAAAAAAAUAGAGAAACGGAGUUUUACUUGAAUAUUCAAUCAGUUUCAACAUCCUUUCCUGCCAUUUUUUUUCAAUGCUGGGACUUCAAAGCUGCCGUGUUAGCUACGCCAAAUUCGUUCAAAUAUAUGAGCUGUGAUCUAGUAAAUCUGUACUUCGAGUUUGCUAAUGAAUGAUGCCGUAGUUCUCGAGAAACAACGUUAUUUCGAGAUUUCUAAUAUGUACAACAUCCUUUUUUUUUCUU